CAAAUCGCCGCAGGCCACAUUUAUAUUACAGAAAUCACUGCCGGAAAACUCACACAACAAAAACACAACACAAAUGCGAAAAAAAUUCAAACAGACUUCAAUGAAAUCGACAGAGUAAACAAAUGAAAGCCAUUUACGGAAUAAUUUCAGCGGAAACUGAAUCCUCUGUUUGAAAAACGUGUGAUGGAAUAAUUAGCUAAAAGAUUAAUAUUCUAAUCAACAACAACAACAAUCAACCUUAAAAAUUUAACAAAUUCAAUACUUGAGUAAAAUAAAUCAAAAAUUUAUUACUUCAGUUCGUGAAAAAAUGCUAAAACACAACAACAUAAAGUAUAGAUGUUUAGUUCAAAAGCAAAAAAUUACUAAGAUUUUUUGAGUUUUGCUUUUAGUUUAUAUUUUUUUUCGUUAAGUUACCUUCCACAACCCAACCAGUGCGAAGAGUGAAGUGCGUAAAUAUCAGAGGUGCUUUGUUCACGCAUAAACCGCGAUGUUUUGAAAAGAGAAAAAAUCAACUAACGAAUGUGUUCUACUGCUUGAAAAAAAAAAAAAAAUAAGAAAAAAAAGUAUAAAAAUAGCAUAAGUUAGAUUGCUUGGUUAUGAAUAAUUUAAAAGUAUGCAAAUUUAUAUUAAUUUAAAAUUAAAAGAAAAUAUUUGUGAAAAUGUUGCAAAUAACAAGAAUAGAAUAAGCAAAGUCAACUAGUGCAAGAGCGUCGUGAUCAAGGUGAGAGUGCUACACUUAAUGGUAGAUGUGUGUGAGUGGCUGUUUAAAGUGUAAACCACGAUGAACUCGGGUUACAAAAAUAUUAAAUUAAGUGCUCAACUUAUAUAAAAUUUUCUUUACUAUACCAGUAAUCCAGUAAUUGUGUCUAUAUAACAGCAAUGCUUGUGGCAACGCCACACUAUGCAACGUCGUCGCAUCGCUAACGUCGCCAUUGGUUUACAUGUGGACAACGACAAACCCAAUAGUGGUAGCCCCAAAAGUAUUGUAGAAAACUGCAACAAUAAACAAACCAAUAAUAAUAAUAAUAAAAUCAAAAUUUACACUAUUAGCAAUUAAACGAGCGUAAUAACAAUAUUAGCGGCAAUAGCCACUGUCACUGUCAACGUCGCGGUUACAGUGCACGUCGACGACAGCGCCCAACGUGAGACGAGUUAUAACCGCUUCUAUAUCGCCAUCAAACUAAAGCGCGAACAAACCCAGGUCGGGACUUUAGACGCUGAAAUCGUAGUCGUUUUUAUAGCCAUUUUGAGCACAGCGCCUUUGUCAACCUUACGACCAGUUACCGCUGAGCGCGACCUCAUCAGCGACACUAAUAAAACUGACAACAAUUGCAAAUACAGAUAAAGCAGCAGCAACAGCAACACAAACAAAAAGCAGACAAACUAUUAGGAAAAUCACAAAAAGCAACCAAUUGUAAAAUUCGCAAAAGCGCUGUGUACGAAUCAGUCCAGUUGGUUGAUGUAAAUUUAACAGUGUACAACAAUUUUAAAGCUGUGACAAGCAGCGGCAAAUAAAAAAGCAAACGAAGAAGUAGAGCCUAGCAACAGUGAAUGAAAAAUCGAUAAAAAUCGUGUGUUUUGCAUACUGAUGCAGAAGUAAUCGAUUCAAAAUUAACUAAAAAAAAAUACAUAUAUAUAUAUAAAUAACGCAUAGAAUUUAGUAGUAAUUAAGUCGUAAGCUUAAGUGCAAAUAGGUGAAUUAAAUAAACAAACUUAACUUGAAGCAAAUUACACUAAGGCAGCCGCAUAUAAUCGAAACUAUACCUUAAACAUAUUACAAACUCGAUCAGAUUUAUACAUUUGGAUACGGUUUCUUUGUAAUAAAAUCAUUCGUCCUGGAUUAUCUGCUAAAGACAUUGCGCACCUUGAAAAACCCGAUUAUGGCCGAGAAUCAGACCGCCACGGAAGAUUCCGGUCAGCAAUCGCAACAUCAGCAGCAAGGGCAGCAGCAGCAACAACAGCCGCAGUCGCCGCAGCAAGAUCAGCCACCUCCCUCUGCACUCGCAUCGCCUACAACACCGCCACAAGAGAAUAAUUCCGCAUCAUCGCCCGAAGACACCCAAACCGUUGUUGCACCCAACAUCAAUCAUCAUUCGCACAAUCACAACAUCCGCAAUCAGCAUCAUACAAAUCAAGUGCAUCCCGAGCAAAGCCAUUCGCUUACCAUAAUGGAUCAUAAUCAAUUCUCUGAUAURUUUAAGAGUAGCACCAUAGCAGCACAGCGCCGCAACACAAUACAGUCUCAUGCUCCCAUACGUGCCGCCAGUACCACAGCGAUUAAGAAGCCGCCGUUGACUAAAAUGACAUCGCUAUCAAAUGCAAAUACCGGUGGUGGUGCGAAAGCCACCAACUCGUCGGACAAACGUCAUCAUCACCAUCAUUCACAGAGCGCCCAUCAUUCGUCUCUGCACCAUCAUAAUGUGAACAGCAGCGGCAGCAUGAAUCAUCAUCACCAUUCAGCUUCAACAGGUGGUAGUAGUGGUGGUGGCGGCACCACUAACGCAGUGCAUCGUCGUACCAGUGAGAGUUUGCGUCUCAACGCCUCUGUCAGUGGUGGYAAUAAUGGCGGCAGUAGUAGUUCUGGUUCGGUCGCUAAUUCGUCCAAUACGAACCUUUCAAAUGCGACCAGCAAUAGUAGCAUUCACUCGAAUGUGACUAAUAACAGUACCAGCUCGAGCACAUCAGUUGCACCACAGUCAACAGCCACUACGGCUUCGACAUCGACGAAAGUCACAUCGCCAAACAAUAAUGGUGGUGGCAGUAGUUCGGCCAGCACCAAUACAAGCCGCAGUCAUCACGGUCAUGGCCAUGGAGGUGGUGGUGGUGUAAAUGGCGCUGGCGGCAAUCAGCCCCAUACUGCCGCUUCGCAGCCAAGCAAAAAACCAAAGACGACCUCAUCUUUUCAGAUUACUUCCGUUACUGUGGGACAUCCCAAGGUGAAUUCCGAUAAUGGCGAUGAAUCGGCUGACGACUUGGAUGAAUCCCAUACAGAUGAAUCUCAUAGUCGUGUUACCGAUCUCGAAAAUGAGACACCUUCAAUGUCAGAAGAUACAUUCUCCAAAGAGGAAGUGUAUUUCUCCAAUAAUGCAUUGAGCACUACAGCACCGGUGAUACCGACCAGUUCACAGUAUGGUCUCGUUGUUGUAGAUCCCAUUGGACCAUCGCUCGGACAGACCAUACAAAAUGUACAGGUCAAUGUUUCGGACAACAUUAUAAAUGUGGUGAGCGCUGCUGUCACACCAGGCGGCAGUAAGAAGAAGGACGACAUCAAAGAGACGCAGCAUCGUAGCGAACGUUUCAAGGUGGUUAAAAUCGAGUCGACUGAGCCCUUCCGCCGUGGACGUUGGAUGUGCAUGGACUAUCUCGAUCACUCAACUGUAGGCACCGGCGGCAAGGAGGGCGGCGGUGGCAACAAUAAUGAAAAGACUGUUUCCUCCGAAUCGGGUAGCGGCGGCAGCAGCGAACCGGCAAAGACUACACAAAGUAUGAUAAUUGGCACGGGCGCCGCCCAAUUACUCGAAAAUCAUGUGGAUGGCGUUGGAAAUAGUUUGCAACUUACUACUGGAGGCGGCACCGUGGCCAAUGCUGCGAAUGAUGAUAACUGGAACUUUGGUGAAGGUGAUGGAAGCGUCAGCUCUCCAGCUCAGCAGCUGCAUCAGCAAAUGUCUGCACCAACUGGUAUUGCCACCGCACCGGCUACGGUAGUACAUGGCAUGCAACAAUUUAUGUCCGAAUCAGCCGGCAUACAGCAGGGACAUACGCAGCAGCAACAACAGCAACAGUCACAACAAGUAUAUGCUGAUAAUGCGAAUGCCAACAAUACAGGUGUCGGUGGAGCCACUCAGGAUGUUGUCCACGGGCAAACAUUGCCAAUGGACUAUGCAACAGUUGUCGCACAGCAAUUGCAACAAUCGUUGCAGCAACUAAAGAAACAGGAAGAAGCGAUUGCCGCUUCCGAGGAAGCUGGUACGGUUUAUGUGCCACCACAGGCACAACAGCAACAGCCGCAACAACAGCAGCCGCAGACACUUCCUAGUAAUUUACAGUUUCAUAAUGGCAGCGUUGUCAUGUGUGAAAACAAUAACRGUGCUGUUAGCAUGCAGCAGGUUGACAAUUCGCAACAACAGUCCAUGCCAACAGCCUAUGUAGCACAACAGCAAGGUGGUAACUACAGUCAACAGCAGCAGCAAAACUUCCAAUCCGCUGUUACACAACAACAGCAACAACAACAGCAGCAUCAUCAACAACCGCAACAACAACAACACCAGCCUUCUCCUCCGCAAAUGCUGGCCAACGACGCCAUGAAUAUGCAACUUCAGCAACAACAAUCAUCGCAACAGCAGCAGCAGCAACAACAACAACAACAACAACAAAAUCAAUCGGCUUCCGCACCGACAUCGCAAAUCGAUGGCGCAGCCACACAACCACAACAAUUCCAGUUCCAGUCACAAGCGCAGCCACAGUCGCAGCAACAGCAACAACAACAGCAACCAACACAUCCACCACAGUAUCAACACCAACAAUCAGCUCCAGCUGGUCAAACGAUGCCCAUCGUUACUCAAUUGACAAACUAUGAAUUGCAACAACAGUCGGGGGGUCAGCAACAGCAACAACAACAGCAGCUGUCGCAACAAAUGCAAAGUGCUCCGCCAACCAUUGCUGAUCCUAAAGUUCUGGCAGCCACUAUACAGGCACAUCAUGAACAGCAGCAGCAGCAGCAACAACAACAACAACAACAACAACAACCAGUAACGCUUGACAAUGUCCAAAUAACCAAUCCAACAACAAUCGCGAAUUUGCAAAAUGAAACAUUGCUGUUGCAUCAACAGCAACAAAUUCAUAGUGCUAAUAAUAUGAACAAUGCUAGUGCCAAUACUAACAAUAACAACAACAGCAAUAAUGUUGCAACUGUAACUACAGUCGAAGAACCGUCACCGGUUCAACAGCCAACUCCUUCGGCACAACAACAACAACAGCAACAGCAAGUACCACAACAAUUGCAACAGCUACCACAACAGCAACAGCCACCACAGCAAACACAACCGAAUGCAGAAACAGAGACUGAUAG